AUGACAGCCAAAAGAGUUGACAAGAAGAAUGCUCGAAAUUUACGACCUUACAUUCUCAAGGUGAUGAGGAAAGAUGGCCGUGAGUUGCGCAUCAAUAAAAAAGCAUUGGACAUUGUAAAUGAUCUUGUGUUGGAUGUGUUUGAUCGUCUGGCGCGUGAAGCGUCUAAUAUUUUACGGCGAAAUUUGAAACCAGUUCAAAAAUCGGCGAUUCUUACCGAUAAUGACUUAAAAUGCGCCGUGCAUCUGCUCAUUCCUGGUGAAUUGGGUAAAUAUGCAAGCGAACAAGGGCGUAAGGCUAUUCAAGACUUCAACAAAAGCAUAAUAAAACAUUAA